AUGCCGUGCAUCCAGGCGUCCAGCCCCGGCAGCAUGCCGCACCAACACCACGGCCGGGUCCUGGCCAGCGUCGGGUGCGUGGUGGUAGUGGCCGCACCGGCGGUCGCGACGACCACGGGGAUGCGGUGCGGGGCGCACGACGGCGAGGUUCCCGCUGAGGCGGCGCGCCACCACGAGCACGCGGCGCCGGGGCCCGGGCGGUGCUGCUCCGCGGUGGUCCAGCACGUGGCGGCGCCGGCCGUGGUGGUGUGGUCCGUGGUGCGGCGGUUCGACCAGCCGCAGGCGUACAAGUGGUUCGUGCAUAGCUGCACGCUGCUGGCAGGCGACGGCAGCGUGGGCAUGCUUCGGGAGGUGCACGUUGUGUCGGCUCCGCCAUCCCGAUGA